UUUAUCAUAUCAUUUUUCACAAAACAUCCCCUUCUAAAUUCCCUAUAUCUAGUCUAGCUACCCAAAAACAAAAAAUGAAGUUUCUUAUUGCUCUUUGCAUUAUGAUCUUGUGGACAUGUGCAUACACAGCCAUGUCUCGAACAUUGUCCGAACCAUCCAUUGUUGAAGCACAUCAACAAUGGAAGAUGAAAUAUGGACGCACAUACACAAAUAGUUCUGAGAUGGAUAAACGCUAUCAGAUAUUCAAGGAGAAUUUGAAAUACAUAGUAAAUUUUAACAAUGCUGGUAACAACAGUUACAAGCUUGGCCUAAAUCCUUACUCUGAUUUAACUAGUGAAGAGUUUAUUGCUACACACACUGGACUUAAAGUUCCAAGACAUCUUUCUUCUUCCAAGAAAGGGUCAAAUACAAUACACUUUAACCUGAGUGAUGAUGUUCCAACAAAGUUUGAUUGGAGAGAGCAAGGAGUUGUUACUGAUGUUAAGAACCAAGGCAAUUGUGGAUGUUGUUGGGCUUUUUCAACCGUGGCAGCUGUAGAAGGUAUUGUAAAAAUAAAAAAUGGUAAUUUGAUCUCAUUAUCGGAGCAACAACUACUUGACUGUGAUGAGCAGAGUUACGGGUGUAAUGGUGGUUAUAUUGAAACUGCCUUCAAUUCUAUAAUACAAUCCAAAGGUAUUCUUAGAGAAUCUGAUUAUCCAUACAAAGAAAAUGAUCAAACUUGCAAAUUAAAUGGCCAGAUAGCGGCCGCAGCUCAAAUAACUAGUUUUGCACAUGUAACUUCCAAUGAUGAACAACAACUACUACAAGCCGUGGUCCAACAACCAGUGUCAGUUAGCAUCGCGGUUGGUAAAGAAUUUCAAUCAUACCAAAAAGGGGUUUAUUCAGGAACAUGUGGAAGAUCUUUGAACCAUGCAGUUACUAUAGUUGGGUAUGGGGUAAAUGAAGAAGGGAAGAAGUAUUGGUUGGUUAAGAACUCUUGGGGUGAAAGUUGGGGUGAGAAUGGAUACAUUAGGGUGCUGAGGGAGGGUGGUGAAUCUAAAGGCCAAUGUGGGAUUGCUAUGCAUGCAGCUUACCCUAUUAUAUAGCUAUAGUACUUUUAUAUGACUUUUACAAUCGGUUAUUGUUGUGCUGUUAUAAAUAAAAGUUUUUAUUUUAUGUCUUUGGUUUUUCUUCCCCGAAACUAUUGGCCUCUUGAUUGUAUUGCAAUUCACCCUAUAUUGGAUCAAUGA